GCCUCUCUACAACUACACAACCGAGAGAUGACCGCACACAUUAGGUAGUUUGAUAGCUAUCUAGCUAGCUAGCUAGCUUUUGAUUGUUUCAACCGUUUCUACACAGUUUUAUUGAUUUGGCAACCGUGCUUGGUGGAGUGAUAGGUUGUUACGUCUGUAAUGUAAUAACAGUAGAAGAGCUAUGUGAGUCCCCCGACCACCUAGUCCAGCAGCAGCAGGUCCUCAGUUAGCUACAGUAGUACCUCAGUGUGCCUCAGUGCCCAACUCUCUCUCUGUGUAGGGCUGUGCAGUAAGGGUGAUGUCAGAGGGCCUGGGGCCAGAGGGGGGGCACUCACAGCCUUCCCCCACCAUCACUGUUCAGGACCUGUCAGACAGACCUGCACAUACACCUCUGGACAGGAUCCCACCUGCGCACACACUUCUGGAUGGGAACACGCCUGUGGAGCAGGUGUCAGGAGUGGUGGAGGAGACCUCCCCUUCCUCCACUUCCUCCUUCGAGUUGGUUGACAUGGAGCCAGCCCCGCCCCUGUACCAGCCCGUGCAACCCCAUUGGUUCUACUGUCGCCGUGUCGACUCCAAGGAUAUGUGGCUCCCUUUCAGCAGAGAGGACUCGGAGAGACUGGAACAUGCCUUGUCUACCGCAGGAGAGGAGGAGGUGGUGGUGGCAGUAGAAGGGGAGAGGUAUGACGUGCGUGUUCGGGAGCGGCAGAGGUAUGCGGUGUACUGGGAGCAGGGCCCGUCAGAGGUGCGACGCUGUACCUGGUUCUAUAAAGGAGAUAAAGAUACCAGAUACAUGCCCUACCCGGAGGAGUUCAGCACCAACCUGGAGGAGGCCUAUAUGAUAGCAGUGACUCUAGAUGAGUGGAAGAGGAAGCUGGAUUUUCCUUCAGGAGAGACAGUCAUCCUGCACAACCCUAAACUGAUCAUGCAGUACCAGCCAAUCACAUUGCAGGACGAGUGGGUCUCCUCUCCCUCGGAGCAGACUCGCCCACGUACUGUCAAGAGGGGUGUCGACAACAUCACAACAGAGAUACCUGACGGUGAACCAGAGACAAUAGAUCACCUGGUAUUCAUGGUUCACGGCAUCGGCCCCGCCUGUGAUAUACGCUUCAGAUCUAUCAUACAGUGUGUGAAUGACUUCAGGAGUGCGUCCCUAUCCCUACUGGGGAGCCAUUACAGGAGAGGUCAGGAAGAGGGCAGGGUGGGCAGAGUGGAGUUCCUACCUGUCAACUGGCACAGCGCACUACACGGAGACGCCACUGGAGUAGACGAGGACAUUCAGAGGAUCACUCUCCCCAGUAUCAGUCGUCUGAGACAUUUCACCAAUGACACUCUGCUCGACCUGUUCUUCUACAACAGUCCUACCUACUGCCAGACCAUAGUGGACACUGUGGCGUCCGAGGUUAACAAGCUCCACUCACUGUUCAAACACAGACACCCAGAAUUCACUGGAGCAGUGUCUGUGGUUGGACACAGCCUGGGCUCGCUGAUCCUGUUUGAUCUGCUGACCAAUCAGAAGACAGGAUCAGGAGAGGCAGACAGAGAUGAGGGUCGUAACCGUGACCCCUGCCCUCUGACCUGUGAUGCGUUGGAGCAGGCUCUAUGCAGAAUGGGCCUCCAGGAGCACCUGGCUACACUACAGAGCGUGGACCUAGACCUUGACUCACUGGCUAUGUGUGACGAAACUGACCUGACAGAGCUCGGAAUCCCUCUGGGACCGAGGAAGAAGAUCCUCAGCUUCAUACGGAAGAGACACUUCCUACAGGAGGGUCGGCAGGGAACGGUGCUUUUGGCCCCCGGGCUGCAGGCCCUUCCAGACCCCUCCGAAGAUUCCCCCUCUCCCACGGUUAGCUUUGGCAACCAGUCUUCAGAGGCGUCAGCACGCCGACAGCAGUUUCUCAGAGCCCAGUCCAUAACCAGCGCCGUUGACUACGAAUACUUCGACGUGGGCAUUGGACAGACCAACGGGGGCAUAGCCAAGGGACAGGUGUCCAUUAACUACCCCCAGCUGGCAUUCCAUCCUCAGACCUUCUUUGCGUUCGGUUCUCCCAUCGGAAUGUUCCUGACCGUCCGUGGACUCAAACGCAUCGACCCAAACUACACCUUUCCCACCUGCAAGAACUUCUAUAACAUAUACCACCCUUUUGACCCUGUGGCCUAUCGGAUCGAGCCCAUGAUUGUGUCUGAGUCAGACCUAGAGCCCAUGCUGAUCCCACAUCACAAGGGCCGCAAGAGGAUGCACCUGGAGUUGAAAGAGAGUCUGACACGGAUGAGUACUGACCUGAAGAAUAACGUUCUCGGCUCGUUUCGUACUGCCUGGCAGUCUCUGGUCCGAAUGCCUGUCGCUGCACUGCCCCCUGUGGAGGAUGGAGAAACUACAGCAGAGAGAUCCCUGCAGGAGACAGAGACCCCUGCAGCAGCCUGCGCUGCUGUGAGGGAAAAGAGUAAGGCUGAUUUGUGGACUAAAAUUCUGGAGUGGCCCAAAGCCCUUCACUUACAUUACUUCCAAGGUGUGCAUGAAGAGGUGGAGUCUCCAGGGUCGGCGGAGGACAAGGGGCGUCAGGUGAAGGUGGGGAUGCUGAAUGGAGGGCGGAGGAUAGACUAUGUACUGCAGGAGGCGCCCAUUGAGAGUUUCAACGAAUAUCUGUUUGCCAUCCAGUCCCACCUCUGCUACUGGGAGUCUGAGGACACUGCUCUGCUGCUGCUAAAGGAGAUCUACGACAAACUGGGUGUGGCCUUUGAGCAGCCACAGCAAUAACAAAGGCUUUAUAAACACAGAGACCGGUAUAGAGGCUUCAUAACAACACAUGAAUUCCGUGGAGAUGCACCAACGAGGCCCUUUGCUUUAUUAGGAGCUGAAAGGAGUAAGGCAAGUAUGUCAGUAAAAACACAGAGAUAUAAAUAUUGAAUAACCACAGAGUUUUAAAGGCUUUAUAAACACACAGAGAGGGCUAUAAAGUCUUUAUAAACACACAGAGAGGGCUAUAAAGUCUUUAUAAACACACAGAGAGGGCUAUAAAGUCUUUAUAAACACACAGAGUGUUAUUUAUAAGUUACUAAAAAUGUAAUGAAAGCAACAUGAAAAAGGACAUGCAGCCACUGCUCUCUCCCAGAAUUCCUUGUGUCUGAGCCUCACAAAACCGUCAAGUCACCUCCUCGGACAGAUGGCGUCUGCCUCUGGGUGUGUGUGUCUCAAGGGUGUGACAGAGAAGUGCUCCGUGAAGAACCAAACCUGUCCCAGCUGACAUGAAGAGGACUGGAGAACCCAUUGGAGAUGAGCUCUCUAGUGCAUUUCUAUCUCUGAAAUUUCUCGUCCUGUGACCACAUGGGCAGCAACAUUGAAUACUAUCCAAAUGAGCCCUCUACCCAUCUCUAUGGGAGAACCAUAGUGACUGGUUUUCCAUUUUCCUAAAACCACACUGAAGGAUCUGGGUUUGAGCUGCUGGAUCCUCCUGUUGAAUGGGCAGACUGCAUUUAACAUGUGUGUUUCUAAAGAAUCAGAUCCUGUUUGAUCAUGUCUGGAUCAUAACUUUUAUAUAUGUUAUUUUCAAGUCAUUUCUUUUUACUUGGCCUUAGACUUGACAUGUCCUAUAAUACAUUUACAACGACAGAUCAUGCAGGAUGAUGAUUCCUCUCCCGUGUGUUUGGUGCAUGUCUCCAGAAGGUUGUAUACCAGUACGUAUCAGUACGUACUUGACUACCAAAAAGGUAGCACUUUACUUAGGUGCUGCUUAAGGCUUAGAAAAUCAUUUUAUAAAGGGCAUAUGAAGGGCAUAUGCAUAUGAAGGCUGCAUAUGAAGGCUGCAUAUGAAGGCUGCAUGUCGCUCUUAAGUAAAGUGUUACCAUAAAAAGUACUCCACCCAUAAUUCCAGUGCAAUGUGAUGUUCUGAUAAUCUCACUCCUCUCUAGAUGAACUGACUGACUAUAGAUAAUUACAUUUUUUUAUUUAUUUGUAUCAUGUAAAAGCUAAGUAUUAAAAUUAUUGUAGAAAAUAACAUGAUAUAUCUUUAAUGGAACUGACAAGACAUUUUUCCUCCAAGUACUUAUCUUAGAGGAAGGUAUGUAUGAGGGGAGAAAAGGAACAGGGUUGUUUUCUUUCUAUGAGUGUGUGUGUAAAUCACCCCCCCCCCCCCCCCCCUCCCUUUGGUGUGUGCCAACCAACCUCUUUUAAACUGUGGUUAGGGCCAAUUUUGCUCGUCGAACAUCUCAUUCCCAAAUCAUGUGCGUUAAUAUGGAGUUGAGUUGGUUCCCCCCCUUUGCUGUUAUAACAGCCUCCACUUUUCUGGGAAGGCUUUCCACGAGAUGUUGGAACAUUUCUGUGGGGACUUGCUUCCAUUCAGCCACGGGCAUUAGUGAGGUCGAGCACUGAUGUUGGG